UCAUUUUAUUAAUUGAAUUAUUUUUUUAUUAUUUUCACUUAGAAGAACAAGAGCUAGUUUUCAUGACAGUCUUGAUGAUAAAAGAAAAUAAAAAUGAUUGAAUCAUGCCCUAAGAAACGUAUGGUUCUGGGAAUAUCAUUGUUGGGGCUCUUAACAAUUUUAGUAUUAGUUGUGGAAUCACAUUGGACAGAAUCCAAUAAGCACAGCAGAAAAUCUAAUUUCAUUGUGGAACAGAAUUCCACCUGCUGGGAAAAGGAAAAAUUUGAUGUAAUCAAGGAGUGUGAACCCUGUUCUGCGUUUGAAAUUCGUAGUAAAAACAUUGGUGUAUGUAUUCACACCCAUUACAAAGAAGUAUUGAAAUGUGCAAACGGUGAAACAGUUACAAGAAGUUGUGACAGAGCAGCUUAUAUCGGCGAACAAGCAUUUUGGAGGUUUGAGGGAUUUAUGUUUAUUGGUGGUCUCAUAUCUACUAUCUGUGUGGUAACCCGACGAAAAGUUCUGAAUCAAAGGAUACUCCAGCGAGUCCAGAGACAACUUGCAAAUUGUGUUUAAAAA